AUGGGUCCUCCCGCCGACUCGCAGGUUAUUUCUACCGAAUUUCAGGGAGAUGUUUCGGGAGUCGAUAGUGGAGGAUACGAUAAUUAUCCACCAGCUGAUGAGUUUUCUAAGCUUGAUGUUGGAGAUGAUUUCUGUCUCCAUUGUCAUGAAGGAUUCAAGGUAAAUGAAAAGGUGGUUCAGGCUCGAAACGAAAAAUACCACAUAGACUGUUUUGUCUGUGCGCAGUGUUUUCAGCCUUUUCCAGACGGUGUGUAUUACGAUUUUGAUGGUAGAAAGUACUGUGAACAUGAUUUUCAUGUUCUUUUUGCGCCUUGCUGUGGAAAGUGUGGCUAUUUUAUCGUUGGUCGUGUAAUAAAAGCAAUGAACAGCAGUUGGCAUCCCGAGUGUUUCCGUUGCCAGAUUUGCGACAAGUGCCUUGCUGAUGAUGGUUUUGUUAAACAUUCUGGCAGAGCCCUGUGCCAUGAAUGUAAUGCUCGAGAAAAGGCGAACAGCUCUGAUCGGAUUCUCUGCUUCAAAUGCCACUCCUAUGUUGAUGAAACCCAACAACUUAAGUACCAGUCAGAAGUAUAUCAUGCUUAUCACUUCACUUGUUCAUCAUGCGGCUCCGAGCUCAGUUCUGAUGCUCGGGAAAAGGAUGGUGACCUCUAUUGCCUUCGAUGUUUCGAUAAAAUGGGGAUUCCGAUUUGUGGUGCUUGUCGUCGGCCUAUUGAGGAGCGUGUGGUUCAUGCACUAGGGAAGACCUGGCACGUGGAGCACUUUGUCUGUGCACGCUGUGAGAAGCCAUUUUUGGGUUCACGACAUUACGAGAAAAAGGGAUUGGCCUACUGUGAACUCCACUACCAGCAGUUAUUUGGCAUGCUCUGCUACUCGUGCAAUCAGGUCAUCCCCGGAGAGACCGUGUUUGCACUGAACAAGGCUUGGUGUGUUGAUCACUUCGGGUGCGUUGCCUGUGAUCGACGUAUCAGUCCGAAGACAAAGUUCUACGAAUUUGACCUUCGCCCCGUGUGCAAAUCUUGCUACGAGAUGUUUCCGAUCGAGCUACGGAAGCGAAUUGCCAAAAUGCACAAACUGGAGGAUUGA